AUGAAACGAAGCCACAUAGCAAAGGCUGAGCCCGCCGUCAAUCUGGACUACGACGCCAGAGUCCCGAUCCCGUUCAGCUUUUUCCCUUCAGCUUACAGGGACGAAAGCGAGGAGGAAAUCACACACGUCAAGGUAGAGGGAGAAACAACACAACGAGAGCGCGUCGGACGGGAGGAUCGUUACUCUUCCGUUUCAGCAUCUCUUCCGGGCCGCAAGGAUCGUACUCGAUACGACGAGGAAGAAGUCCAUAUUCACGAAGAGAAUCGUGAUCGCCGUCCGACUCGCAAAGAAGAGACCGUCAUCUACGACAAGGAAGAGGAUCGUUAUCGCGACAACCGUCACACCGAAGCAGAGGUUUCAGGUCACAGCCACCGAGAUCACGAUCGCCGCCACACCGACACUAAAAUCGAUAUCGAGGUAGAUCGUCGCGACAGCGAGCUUGAUCAUACCGAGAGCGAAUUUCGACGUCGAACGCAGCCAACUUACGACGUAGAGUACGAGCGUCGUCGUCCACGAGGUGAAGAGGUCGUAGAAGAAAAGGACAUCGUAGUUGAUAAGGAACGCCGACACGGUAUGGGUUACUACGACGACGACGGCCGUUAUCACUCCUUCCGCCACGGCUUGGAAAAAGCGACUGACCGUGUGUUUCAUCCUUUCCACCCGCACCACGAACGUGAGCGCGAGGAGGUCAUCAUCGAGAAGGAAGAGCGCGAGCGGGGGCCUGUGCGUUAUCGCGACGGGGUCCGCGAAACGGUUCGAUAUGUCGAACGUGGUGGAGGCCCAAAUACCAUCACUAUUCCCUGCCACCAUAUUCGUAUUGGGGAUCUCCUGAUCUUGCAGGGUCGACCCUGCCAGGUCAUUCGGAUCACGACUUCCGCUCAAACCGGUCAAUACCGAUAUUUGGGGGUCGAUCUAUUCACCAAACAAUUGCAGGAAGAAUCUAGCUUCGUGUCCAACCCAACUCCCUCUGUCAUUGUUCAGAACAUGCUAGGACCAGUCUUCAAGACCUAUCGUGUACUGGACAUCCGUGAUGACGGCCGGAUCGUCGCCAUGACCGAGACUGGUGAUGUCAAGCAAAGCCUCGCUGUGAUCGAUCAGGGGGUUUGUGGUCCCGACUCAACGAAUCCUUUGCGAACGGCCGUGGCAGUGUUAGGGCCAUGGUCAUCAAUGACGGUGGGCGUGAGCUUGCCGUAG